AGACUAAUGAGGACUACAGUCAAUAGUAAUAAUAGGUACUGAAGUCGCAUUCUUAUUUUUCUUUAGAAAAUAUUAGUAGACCUCGCAUUCUAUUAACUUUCUAAGAUAAUACCAAUAGCAGUAUCUGAAAUGCACCCCUGACUGGAGUUGCUGUUGUCCCGGACUGUUUUUAUCUUUGACUUUUGAAAUGAAGCUGCGGGGCGUGAAACACAAAAAUCAGUGUAGCUGAGGGAAAUCCAUAAACGUUAGUGGGCACUACAAUUUGAACUAAAGACUGUGGGUACCAGCUCAAGCCUUGUUCUGCGUUUGUUACCAGGAAUUUCUGUCAUCUUUCUUGGUGUUACACUGCUUUUUGGGAGGGGCAGUCAAUGGCUGUUGGGCUGCUCCGUUUCUUUCCCAGUGCUGUUGUUCUGCUUUCCUAGCAGGUGGCAGCAGUGGGUCCACGUUCCGACCUUGUAUUCAUUUUUCCCUCUCCGUUGAAUGAUGCUGUAAUUGUCAAUGGGCUCACCCAGCCUGACUCCUUCUGUCACUCUCACCAUGGUUGCACAAAGCAACAAGCUUGGAUGCCCACGGAUCUCUUACAGCCAUUCGGAAUCUCAGCUGCCAGCGACAUUUUAUUAAAAUAAAUGAUUUUGCGGGAAUAAGUUGGGUAAUCAUAAUUUCAACAACCAACUGGUUUUGCUUGGGAAGUGAAACUGAUGUACUUGGCUAAAACAACGUAGAAGGGGUGCCCGCACCGGUUCCUGUGUUAACAGAAUUGGAUGCGAGUUUUAUUCUGAUUUUAUCUGUGUUGGUUUUAUGUUUUUUAUUGUUCGGAAGUAUCAGAGUAACCGUAGGGGAAGUACCUCCUAAGUACUACUUAGCUCCGUGUGCCUGAAGAUUGCCUUGUCGGCCCUAGGAUCUCAGACUUGGAUAACUCAACACCGCGGCUGCGGGAUUGGCCUGGCUAGGCGGCUGGGUCUGUGACCCAGUACUGACAGAUUAUUUGAUGUCGUUCCUAGUGGGUGAAGAGAACAACAAAAGUACCGCAUUCACAGCUGGAGUCCUUUACAACCCGCGGCUUUGUUCUCCCUUCAACUAUUACCGGCAUCGACGUUUUCCGGUUUGAGUAACCCGUUUGAAGAAAGUUUGCUUUCGGGGAUGGCGUCCUACGUGGAUAACAGUUUCAGACAGGCAGUGAUGAAAAACCCCGCCGACAGGACGCAACAGGAUCUGGAGAUUGUGUAUUCCUACCUCCAUGGAAUGGAAGCUUUGUCCAACCUCCGUGAACAUCAACUGAGGCUAAUGUGUGAAACAGUACGGUAUGAAAGGCAUGAAGCCAAUGAAGUACUUUACUACCCUGAUGACAUUGGUACCUGUUGGUAUAUCCUCCUUUCUGGUUCAGUGUUCAUCAAAGAAUCCAUGUUUCUGCCGAGGAGCAGUUUUGGCAAGCGUUCUGCAGGAAGCCUUCGACGUGGAUGUGAAUGCAUUGUUUUAGAGCCUUCUGAAAUGAUUGUGGUGGAUUACAUGGAUGAAAAUGAGGAAUAUUUUCAACGUCAAGCAUCUCAUAGGCAGUCACGCCGAAGAUUCCGGAAAAUCAACCAGAAGGGAGAGAGACAAACUAUUAUUGAUACAGUUGAUCCUUACCCAGUGGGAAAGCCGCCAUUGCCUAGAGGGUACCACACGGAAUGCACUAAACCUCAGCUUCCUGCCGAUUUCACAAAACUCCAUCUCACAGACAGCCUUCAUCCACAGGUGACACAUGUUUCCUCCAGUCAUUCAGGAUGUAGCAUUACUAGCGAUUCUGGAAGCAGUAGCCUUUCUGAUAUUUACCAGGCCACUGAAAGUGAAGGUGGAGACAUGGAUCUAAGUGGCUUGCCUGAGACAGCCGUAGAUUCAGAAGAUGAUGAUGAUGAAGAAGAUAUCGAAAGAGCGUCGGAUCCUUUAAUGAGCAGAGAUAUUGUCCGAGACUGUCUUGAAAAGGACCCAAUAGACAGGACAGAUGAUGAUAUUGAGCAAUUAUUGGAAUUUAUGCAUCAGUUACCAGCUUUUGCCAACAUGACGAUGUCUGUAAGAAGAGAGCUUUGUGCUGUGAUGGUGUUUGCAGUCGUUGAACAAGCAAGCACUAUAGUACUCAAGGAUGGAGAAGAGCUGGACUCGUGGUCAGUCAUUUUAAAUGGCUCCGUGGAAGUGACUUACCCCGAUGGGAGGACAGAAAUACUUUGCAUGGGAAACAGCUUUGGUGUCUCGCCUACUAUGGAUAAAGAGUACAUGAAAGGAGUGAUGAGAACAAAAGUGGAUGACUGCCAGUUUGUUUGCAUAGCACAGCAGGACUACUGCUGCAUUCUCAAUCAGGUUGAAAAGAACAUGCAGAAAGUAGAAGAGGAAGGUGAAAUAGUGAUGGUAAAAGAGCAUCGAGAAUUGGACCGCACUGGAACAAGGAAAGGGCACAUAGUAAUAAAGGGUACAUCAGAAAGGUUAACUAUGCAUCUGGUAGAAGAACACUCUGUUGUAGAUCCAACAUAUAUAGAAGAUUUUCUCUUAACUUACAGAACCUUUUUAUCAAGCCCGAUGGAAGUUGGGAAAAAGCUUCUGGAGUGGUUUAAUGAUCCAAGCCUCAGGGAUAAGGUUACACGGGUAGUAUUGUUGUGGGUAAACAAUCACUUCAAUGACUUUGAAGGUGAUCCUGCUAUGACUCGCUUUCUGGAAGAAUUCGAGAACAAUUUGGAAAGGGAGAAAAUGGGCGGACACCUUAGACUGUUAAACAUUGCAUGUGCUGCUAAAGCAAAACGAAGGCUUAUAACUUUAACAAAGCCAUCCCGGGAAGCUCCUCUACCUUUCACUCUGCUUGGAGGAACAGAGAAGGGAUUUGGAAUUUUUGUGGACAUGGUAGAAUCAGGAAGCAAAGCAUCUGAAACUGGACUGAAACGAGGAGACCAGAUACUAGAAGUUAAUGGGCAGAACUUUGAGAAUAUUCAACUUUCGAAUGCCAUUGAAAUUCUGAAGAACAAUACUCAUUUAUCUAUCACUGUGAAAACCAACCUUUUCGUUUUCAAAGAGCUGCUGGCAAAGCUGUCAGAAGACAAAAGAAACGGUGCUCCCCAUUUACCCAAGAUCGGUGACAUUAAGAAGUCUAGUCGAUAUUCAAUACCAGACCUAGCAGUUGACGUUGAACAGGUGAUAGGACUUGAGAAAGUAAACAAGAAGGGCAAAGCAAACACUGUCGGAGGGCGGAACAAGCUGAAAAAAAUACUUGAUAAAACCCGAAUCAGCAUUCUUCCUCAGAAACCUUACAAUGACAUUGGAAUUGGCCAGUCUCAGGAUGACAGCAUUGUAGGACUCAGGCCCUCAAAGCACAUUCCUUCUACACUGCCUGUCAGUGGAACUUUGUCCUCCAGUAAUCCAGAUCUGCUGCAGUCGCAUCAUCGCAUCCUGGACUUCAGCAGCUCACCUGCUGCAGAAUUAAGUAAUUCAACUGACCAGGUUUUAAGGGUCUUCAAGGCAGAUCAGCAGAGUCGCUACAUCAUGAUUAGCAAGGAUACAACAGCUAAGGAAGUUGUAAUGCAGGCAAUGCGCGAGUUUGGACUGACAACUGCACCUGAAACUUAUUCUUUGUGUGAAGUCUCUGUCACUCCUGAAGGUGUCAUUAAACAAAAGAGACUUCCUGAUCAGCUCUCCAAACUGGCAGAUAAGAUUCAGCUGAGUGGGCGGUAUUAUUUGAAAAGUAACAUGGAAACAGAGACGCUGUGUUCAGACGAAGAUGCCCAGGAGCUGCUGAAGGAAAGUCAAAUUUGUUUACUGCAGCUAAGCACGGUAGAGGUUGCCACUCAGCUCUCCAUGAGGAAUUUUGACCUCUUCCGCAACAUUGAGCCCACUGAGUACAUUGAUGACCUCUUUAAGCUCAAAUCAAAGACUGGCUCAACAAACCUGAAGCAGUUUGAAGAGGCAAUCAAUCAAGAGACAUUCUGGGUGGCUUCAGAAAUCCUUAGAGAACCUAAUCAGCUGAAAAGGAUGAAGAUUAUCAAACAUUUCAUUAAAAUCGCAUUGCACUGCAGAGAAUGCAAAAACUUCAACUCGAUGUUUGCAAUCAUCAGUGGCUUGAACUUGGCCCCAGUUGCAAGGCUUCGUGGUACUUGGGAAAAAUUGCCAAACAAAUAUGAGAAACUUUUUCAGGACCUUCAAGACUUGUUUGAUCCAUCCAGGAAUAUGGCAAAAUAUCGCAACGUACUGAACAGUCAGAACAUGCAGCCUCCUAUCAUUCCUCUGUUUCCAGUCAUAAAAAAGGACCUCACAUUUCUUCAUGAAGGGAAUGACUCCAGAGUAGAUGGCUUAGUCAACUUUGAAAAACUGAGAAUGAUUGCAAAAGAAAUUCGCCAUGUUGGUCGAAUGGCCUCUGUAAAUAUGGAUCCGGCUGUGAUGUUCAGGACCAGGAAGAAGAAAUGGAGGAGUUUGGGGUCGCUUAGCCAAGGCAGUGCAAACACUGCUGUUUUGGAUGUUGUACAGAGUGGCGGCCACAAAAAGCGUGUGCGUCGCAGUUCGUUCCUAAAUGCCAAGAAGUUGUAUGAGGAUGCCCAAAUGGCUAGGAAGGUAAAGCAAUAUCUGUCAAACCUGAGCCUUGAAAUGGAUGAGGAAAGCCUUCAAGCCCUUUCCCUGCAGUGUGAGCCAUCUACCAACACAUUGCCCAAGAGUGGAGAUCGGAAGGGAGGAAAGACUGAAACCUCACCAGUGCCUCCUCGGGCUGCAGUCCAGCAGCCAAAAACACCACCACAGCAACAGCAGAAGAUUUCUCAAGUGCUUCAGGUCCCUCCUGUGUCACUUCAUCCUUCUCGUAGAAGAGUACCUGCAAAAGACCUUCCACCAUUUGGCACUAGUUCUCCGCAAGCUUUAAAGAAAAUUCUGUCGCUCUCUGAAGAAGCAAACUUGGACAGGCAUAAGAAGCAGGCUGAGGACACAAUAUCUAAUGCGUCUUCACAACUUUCUUCCCCACCAACUUCACCUCCGAGUUCUCCAAGAAAAGGGGGCAGUCAGCUGAACUCUGAUUCCAGUUAUUUGAACAUAACCAAUACUUCAUCAACUCUUGGAAGUAAGAACUGUAACAAAAAUGACUGUGCACCCCAGACUGGUGGGACAGGUUAUAUGCUACCUCCAAGUGGUACUAUGGAUAACUUUUCAGAUUCUGGGCAUAGUGAAAUUUCAUCACGCUCUAGCAUCGUAAGUAAUUCCUCAUUUGAUUCUAUGUCUGUACCUGCACCUGAUGAACGAAGACAGAGGCACUCUUUCAGCGUCUUGGAUACAGGCCUAGGGAUCGGAAAGUCCGACAGAAGAGAUCCUGAUCAGUGUAGCCUGAGUUCGUAUCCACCAUUGCCUGAAGGAAGAGGUCUGUAUGCUGGGAUAACAGUUUUAUCUUCGCCUAGUACAGAGGAAUUAACGCAGGACCAAGGAGACAGGGCUUCUCUUGAUGCAGCAGACAGUGGCAGGGGAAGCUGGACUUCAAGCUCGAGUGGAUCCCAUGAUAACUUUCAGUUGAUACAGCAUCAGAGAAGUUGGGAGACUCUUUCGUUUGGACCUACUCCUUUUGAAAGCCCUGCUGAUGGACAGACUCUUUGGGCUUCAGGGGGCCAUAUGGACCAGAUCAUGUUCCCUGAGCAUGGUGUGAAAUAUGGACGCCAAAAUCAUGCUAGGGAGAGCUUUGAUCAACCCCAGUCUAGGGGCAGCUGGGCAUCUUGUACUGUAUCCUGGGGAGAGGAAACAGAGGGUGACACAGGCACAAUAAAACGAAGGGGUGGAAAGGAUGUUGCCAGUGAUGCAGAAACCAGCAGCACUACUUCAGUUACUUCUGAGGAGUCUAGACAGUCAUCCAGACCUUCUUACAUAGCAGUUUCUUCAAGCACUGCAAAAGGGCUUAUUGUGUAUUGUGUUACUGCAGCACGAAAGGAAGGCAGGUAUCGUGAGCCUCCGCCUACCCCCCCAGGAUAUGUAGGUAUCCCUAUUGCGGACUACACAGAAGGACCUGCUCAUCCAGCCCGAAAACCUCCAGACUACAAUGUUGCACUACAAAGAUCUCGAAUGGUGGGCCGCCCUUGUGAGCCCCAUGGAGCAUCAGCGACACAGCAGUCACAAACACAGCCAGCUAGUCGGACAGUUAAUAAACCUCAGUGGCACAAACCAAAUGAGUCUGACCCUCGACUAGUUCAUUGUCAGUCACAAGGGUUCUCCACUGAAGAAGAUGAUGAGGAUGAACAAGUGUCCGCUGUAUAAGAAGAAAUUAUUCAUCUGGGUUAAGGCUGCAGUGCUGCCAGUUACCUUAAAAGGAGAGCACAAUCCAACAUCCCAGAUGUAGGAGCCUUGGAACUCUAAAACGAGUAUGGUGUGGGCACCAUUCACUCCUUCCCUGCCUUAAAGCAGCAUGGGGCUUUUUAAAUCCCCCGCAUGUGAAAUACUGUGAAGAAAACACCCUGGCACUUUGGAAACUGUGUUGCUCGAAAUGCACAGUGUAGAAAUCUCCCAAGCUACAGCUGUCAUCGCCUUCCAUGAUUAUCAUUCCACAUUCCCCCGUUUACGUUGGCAUUGCAAGCAUUCAGCAUUGGCUGCACUUCAUACCUAAUGCCUAACUGGUGUUUAUUUUUUUCAGUCUCCCUUUUUAUAAAUGGGAUAUAUUGAGAAUUGUAUUUGGCCUUUUCACUUUAUAAAGGCACUUUAUGUGUUUGAUAGCACAGUGCUUUCUUGCCUCCUCACAACCUUUGUUACACUUCUUUAUGCUGUCAUGCUUUCAGAACAAAACGAGUUACAUCUUUAUAAUUACAGUAUUAUUUUACACAUUUAAUUUAUGUAUUUGUAAUUUAGAAUGAUAGUAUUUGCAAUCAUUAACUGGAUGACAUUGCAGUGAAAGGCAGCUCCAGAUUUCACAUUGUUUUUACUAACUGUUGUUUUCCAGUUUUGUUUUCCAAUGCUGUCUUGGCACUAGGAGCAAGCAGGCCAUUGUACUUCAGAAAAAAAAGACUAAGAAAAAGGAAGAUUUUAGUAAUAAUGUGACUACGUAUUGCCAGCCUUUGUAAUGCAGAACACUCACAAGAUGUAAACACUUAGCCAGCUUUGUGGAACACUGCAUGUCUAAUAAAGGCUGAUGUAACAGCCACCCUCUCACAGCUGCUAUUAACCCUUUGAAUUGAGUACCCACAGAUAUUUUGUGUUGUCUUUGCACAGACUCCGACAAACUGAAGGCUGCCAAUCCGAGUAGUACUCAAAUAUGAGGAACUGCUGGUCUUGGAUUUUAUUCAUCGAGUGGAGCUGAUCAUAUUGAUCAGUAUAGUUACAAGUUUUAGAAAAAUUGCAGUGUUUUUUCACUGUAUUGAACAACAUCAGUGCUUUAUUUAAUUUUUCUCUUAUCUCAUGGCUUUCUUUUUUUUUUUCUCAUUUCAUUUUUUGCUAAUAUAUCACUUGGUCAGUUAUACAUUUGUAAGAUACAUGUAAAAUGCAUCAUUUGCCAGUUUUUUGAUUAUAGUCUAUGGACAUUGUGUGCAUAUAGGCAGACAGAACUAGUACUGAUUACAAAGUUGCACAGAUGGUAUAUUAGCAUUAAUUAAUUGUAGUACAUAGAACUGCUAAUCUCAGUUCGCUCUGUGAUGUCAAGUGCAGAAUGUACAAUUAACUGGUGAUUUCCUCAUCCUUUUGAUACUACUUGUACCUGUAUGUCUUUUAGAAAGACAAUUGGUGGAGUCUGUAUCCCUUUUGUAUUUU